AAUGUCGCUGUUCUUGAUUGUCAAGCUAUUUUCUCUUCGUAAUGUGCCGUACUGGCGCAUAGUAUGUAUGAAACGCCGAGCUUUGGCGUGUGCGUUCUAUUUUAUUUUAGACAAGACUUGACGACUGAUUACAAAAACUUCAUGACUCCCAGUUCGACUUUGUUGUACAAGUGCUUUGGUUUUUCAUAAACACGAACAAAACAACGCGAAAACUCAAUGUAGUAGUUGGAAAUUCUCUGUAGGGAGGAGUGAAAAGUGUAGGUUUACUAACACGGUUUCGAAAGAGUCCUUCAAAUUUGGUCUCCAUGGAGAAAAAGAUGGAAAGUGAGCAAAGUGCGAGUGGGUCCAGUAGCAGUAGCUCGGAGAGUUCGAGCGGGAGUUCGGAGGGCGAGGAGGAAGCUUUGGAAACCGUUCGCAUUUUAGGACAAACAGUAGAAAUCCCCCAGGAUAUCUGUGAGGACUACUCUAUUUUCAAAGAAUUCUUCUCCAUGAAGACUUGGAAUGCAUUGGAAGAUAGUCAUAAGGAGCAUUUGAUGAAAUACUUGCCCAAGUUCACAGAAAAUGAUAAGGAAGAAAAAGAGAAGACUCUCAAAAUGUUAUUUGAUCAUGAACCAUUUCAUUUUACAUCACCUCUUGACAAUUUUUACAAUAAUCUAAAUCAAGGCAACUAUAGACCAGAUAUAGCAAAAAUGAGGAAGUUCCUCAAAAAAGCAAGUUUAAAACAACAAAAACACAAGCUGAAAUCAUACUAUGCAAAACUUUUACCUGAGGUCUUAAUAUCUCGAGAAAGAUUGCUGGCUGUGGCCAAAGGAGCGCCCCCUGGUCCUAUACCUCGCCUGCCCCUUUUGCCUCCUAAACCAUCUUCUAAGAAUAAUUUCAAAUCUGUUCAAAUGCGAGCUAGGCAACGAUACUUUGAGGAGCUGGCUGCAAUUCGAACAGAAGUGGGCGGGGAGGAGUCUGAUGACGAAAACUAUCCUGAUGGUCCACCAGAACAGGCUGUCAAGAAAAGAAAGCCUACUGGCUCUAUACAGAGUCAUGACGGCAAUGUAUCUGGAACACUUGGUAGCUCUGACUCCUCCCAAGCUACUUCAUUAGAAUGUCUCAAAAAUAUUUUAUCAGCUCAUAGACUAAGGAGGAUGCAUAGAGAGAAUCAUCCAGAACUGAACACUACAGGAAUAACAUUAGAAGACAUUAAACAAAGGGUUGCACUGGUGAAUGGUGCUAAAAAACUCAUGUUUGGAGGUCAGAAGACAGAAACACCUUUACAGAAGCUGAGAAGGGGUCCCAAGAAGGAUAAAGCAAAGGAAGUUAAGUCUAAAAAGGGCAAAGAGGAAGUGUUACUAGAAGGCCCGGAGAACAGGCCUUUACUUCCAAAUAUAAAGAUAAAGUGUGAACAGGAAGAAUCUGACUCUGAGAGUUCAUCUUUUGUUGACCCUGUUGCCAGUCCAAAGUAUUCUAAACAGUUAUUGGAAAAUCAUGAUAUCAAGCCAGAAAUUGAUGUAAAAUACCCUAAUACAACAAAUAUGAACUUCAAUGAUUCCAAAUUGGAAGAUGUCAUAAAACAAGAACCGCCCGACCCGGUGCUGGCAAUGCAGAAUGCAGCUAGAGUAUUACAGCCAGUGCCUAUAAAACUUGAAGAUUUGGAUGGUAUAGACAUGAUGGCUUUACCAGUAGAAAUAGCGGACGACUCCGGCGAAGUUUUGCCUGUGGACUCGGAGAGUGCAGAGGAGCAGUUGAUAGACACUGAUGAAUCUCUCACGGAGACCACUCAUGCUAACUUUUUGUCGUUGGUCCGGGCUCUGUUCCCGGCUAGAGCGGCUCACAGAGCCUCAAAACAGCAGCUUCACUCGAGGUGCGGUGCUGUGAUGAGGUCGCCUAUAGCCCCCCUUAACACAUGGUAUAGUUUAUCCGAUGACUGGUGUGCGGAAUUGGAUUCAGCCCUAGACUUCUUAGCAGGGGAACGGGGGCCGCAUCCUGAUGACUUCGUUCCGUAUUUACAGUUCAUUCCUGAAACUCAAAUGUACCAGUGGAUCGGCGCGGGCCGCGACUGCGACGCGAUCCUGUCGCGGCUGUGCGAGCGCUGGCUGCGCGCCGCCACCCGCGCGCCGCCGCCCACUAGGGCUCCGCCCUCCAGACAUCCGACUAAUUGGGUGGUCCGUGCGCCGACGGCCGCUGAAAUCGCAGAGUUCAGAGCUCAAGAACGAAAGCGUUUUGCUUCUGCGGCGAAACCUUUCACUUAUGUGCAGUAUGGGUACCGGUCGGUGGUGGGCCCGUGCGCGCGCGCGGCGGCGGGCGGCGCGGGCGCGGGCGGCGCGCUGGCCCCCGCGCGGCCGCGCGCCGCCUCGCUGCCCGCGCUGCUGCGGGACGCCAUCGCGCGGCUGCCCAACGGCCAGGGCACGCGCCACGACAUACUCACGCUGCUCAAGAUGUCUCAAUGGAUUGUGCCCUGUAACGACCAAACUUUAUUGGCCGCAAUGUCCACGGCGUUAGAUCGUCUAAAUUCGGCCAAACGAGAUCCCAUCGUGAAGUAUGACCAACGGACAGCUAUAUGGACCUAUUUGUAUAGGCAUAGGAGUGAAGAAGACUGGCUAAAGGCAAGCAAGAGUCGUGCGUCCGUGAGCGUGCCGGCCGCCAGCCCCCCGCCCGCCGCGGCCGCGCCCCCCGCCCCGCCUGUAGCUACGCCCACUCCCACGCCCACAUCGCGGGCGUCUACUACUCCACAACCGAAAGUGGACCUAGAAAUUGGCACUGUCGAAGAAGUAGUUGAAAACGCAUCAGACAGUGACGUAGACGUUGAUGACACCACUGUAUCUUCCGUUUCGCACCUCUCUUCUGCCCAACUACUCAUGCAAGCUCAGGCGAGCCAAGGAAAAACACAAACUACCCCACCGGCGGCUAAACCUAAAGGAAAACUAGUGGCGAUGCCUCAAAAACCAAAAGCCACAACCCCGAAACAAGCACCGAAGCCUACCCUAAUGACCCAAUCUGUCAAACAAGCGAAUCUACUGAACCAAGCGAAACAAGCGUUAGCGCAAACUGUUAAAAUAACACAAAAACAAACAACGCAGGCGAAAAUCAACACGCCAUCAAAACCUACUGUCACUCAAUCGCCCAAACAACCGGUAGUAACACAACCCAAACAAUCUCCUACAGUCCCGAAAACAACAGUUCAAACGAAGCAAACCGUGGCGAAACCUAUAGUGCAACCGAAGACUGUGAUAAAACCGAAUGCGCAAUCGCCGAAAACAAUUGCUCAAGUUGUCAAAACUACAGCUCAUGUGAUAAAGGCUCAGGUUAAACCAGUUCAGAGCCAAGCGACGGGUCAGACUGUCACGCAAGUGUCGAAAGCGUUGCCACCUGUCGUUGCGACUGCCACUAAAUCGCCGCUAAUAAAACAACGGCCAUUGCUAAAAGUUGAAACGGCUCAGGUUCAGAUUCCUGUGACUACUGUACAAAGCCAACAGGUUGUGACGUCGACUGUAGUACCUGUGGCUACAGUAGCGGCUCCACAAAUUCAAAACAAGGUUGUGCAAGGCACGCGAUCUCUUCUGAUAAGGCCGCCGGCCGUUCAAACUACGGUCACCGCUGUUUCCACGCCCACUACACAAGUGCAGGAGCUGCUGAACGCCCUGCAGUCGGCGUCGCGGCGCGGCGUGGUGCGCGUGCUCAGCCCCGCCGCGCAGGCCGCCGGCAAGUCGCUCAUCUCGCCGCGGGCGCUCAUGCCGCAAGGAACCACUGUGGCUAAUAAAAAGCGUACUUCAAUGCCGAAUGCGGCGUCGGUUACUACGAUAGCACAACAGAGCACGGCUACCGUAACGGCGGUAGCCAGCAGCGUGGUGAUGUCGCCCGGCGUGACGUCAUCAGCGGUGACGUCAUCGUCCGCUCGCGGCGUCACGUUGCCGUCCCGCACCGUGCACAUCGCGCCGCACGCCUUACAGCUCUCCUCGCUACAGCUCUCGACGAGAACAGUGCGGCUGUCCACCGGGCAGACCGUCCAGCUGGCCAACCCGCAGGCCGUCAGACCGAUCUCCGCGAACGUCAAGACCACCCCGAGAACGCAAUCCUCGCCGGCGAUCAAAAACCAAGUUUCCACCGUCCAACUGUCCGGCCAGACGGUACAGAUCGCCGGUCAGACCGUCCAAUUGGCCGGCCAGAGUGUACAAUUAACCGGACACACGGUAAAAUUACCGAGUGGUCAAAGUGUACAAGUCGCCAGCCAGAGUGUUUUACCCUCACAGAGUGUUCAGUUACCUAGUGGGCAGACAGUGCAGUUAAGUAGUGGUAGUGUGCAAACUGUCCAGUUAGGGUCUAACGUGCAAUUAGCCAAUCAAAGUGUUCAAAUUCCUAGUGCUCAAAUAGGUUCUCAGACGGUGCAAAUAGGCGGGCAGACAGUGCAAUUGAGUGGUCAAACUGUACAGUUGCCCAGCGGGCAAACUUUGCAGUUAUCUGGUCAAACUGUCCAGUUGUCUGGCGGGCAGACGAUCCAGCUGGCUAGCGGGCAAACUGUGCAGUUGGCGAAUCAGACGCCGAAGUCAAUAGCUCAAGUGGUGAGGACGCAAACUGCGGGAGAUAAGCCGGCGCAACCGAUAGUGGCGAAAUUGCUAACUAAUGCACAGGGUCAAAUGAUAUCGCUAGAGGGCGUGGUAGGCAAUCGUCCGCCCGCGUUGCAACAGUUACAACAGCUUCAACUACAGGGGCCCAGGGCUCGCGGCGCCGUCAGGUUGCUGUCGCCGCGGCCAUUGUUGUUGACGGCCGGGAAACCACUGCAUAAUAUUAUAUUACAGCAGAGUGAUGGCAGUGCUAUAAGAGUUACGUCCAGUGGCGGUGUCACGCCAUCACAAACUAUAGUUUUAAGUAAUAUAGGAGGCCAAGCGGCCACCACACCUACUACGUCAACGCCAGUUUUAAAAUUGCAACAGCAAGGGACAUCAACAAGUGUGGCGUCAGCUAGCGGCGUCCGCAGCGUACUGAUGGACGGGCAGCAACUGAAACUCGUAGGGGGGCGCCACGUGCUCGCCAGAAUAUUACGGCCGGCGCACCCUCCUCAAUGAAGUCCACGUGUCCCUAUACCUUUGAGAAUUAAGGAAUAGCUUGCUGAAUUGGCGGAGGGCAAAUAGCUUGUAGGAAGGACGAUCGACUAGGCUGAAAAAUUCUCAAAUGGUACAGGCAAAACCUUUCACUAGAUGGCCCGAUAUAACGGUAGAAGACGAGGAAACUCACGCCGCUUCUUGCCGAUCUACGUGAUCUUUUGGAUAAGGCCCUGACUAGAAAGUUAUGAACUUCUUGCUGCUGAAAUUGUUGUACCUUUUUGGUAAUGUUAACAAUUUGUAAAUACCUAAUUUUGUAGGUAAUUCGGUUAAACGUGUGAAUAGAAUAAAAGUAAGUUUACAAAACUAUGUCAGAAGUGUGCUGUUUGGUUUUGAAACUCGCUCCGGGGUGUGCAAGAGUGAUUGCCUUAGCAAAGCUCUGAAUUAAGACUAUGUUUUAUAAUAUGGUGACAAUUUCGUAUCAAUACCGAGUUGACGUACUUGUGGAUGGGAAUAACUAGCUAAAUUAUUUAAAACUAUUUUCAUGACGAGAGGUUAAUAAAGGUUUAUCAUUAAAUAGUGAUCAUCAUUGCAUGAUUUUUGUCGGCUUCAGAGCUUAUACGGUACUGCCUCGAGUCGGAAUAGAUUUAUUUAAAAAUUUUGACUUUUCAAGGAGUCUCAGUAUUUUUUUAUAAUUCCUGAAAAUGUACAAAGACAGUAUUGUGUGUCUGGACGUAGUUGUCAAGACUACACCGAGGGAUUUAUAAAUUAUGUAGAUAUUAUGUAGUUUACUUCUAUGACAUAAUUUUAUCGUUCUAAACGGUUCUAAGUUCGUAUUCUUAUAUUGUGUAAAAAAACUUAGAAGCAUUAUAAUUUUUUAUGUUACGAUUUGUGUUGUAAUAUUUAAAUGUAAGUUUUAUUACUGUUUCAAAAUAUUAUAGAGUUUGUUUUAACUUCCUAUCAAUAUCGCUUUUAUUUUGUUUAACGAUAUGGGCAAUAGAUAUUUAAAUGUAAACACAUUUUAUAUGAAAAAUAAAAUACCUAUCAUACCACAAUAUUUGCAAUGCAACGAAAAUAUAUUGUUGGCAUUUCAUUUCUAAAAAGACCUGUUUUUGGAUUAAGAGCCAAAUUUCCACUCACAAGUGUAUUUUUGUUUAGUAAAUGUUCAAUUUGUAAGGAUAUUUGCCCGACCAUGAAGUUUUCUGUCUUUCUCUUAAUAGUUCGAUCAUAGUAAUGUUUAGUAAACAGAACCAAUAGUAUUAAUGUUACUGUUCAAUUUACGAACACAUUUUUAAGUAGUCUAAAGAUACUACUACACAGUUGCAAACUAAAAGCAAUGUCAGCUUGAAAUGCGCCUUAACGUUUAUUACAGAAUAGAAUAGAAUAGAAUAGAUUUAUUUUCAAAAUUGGAUACAAGGUAUCACUUAUUGACGUCACAUAACUUAAAUCUAAUUAUAACUACUACCGCUUCCAAAGCGCAUGUGUAGAAGAAGCGGCGGAACAAACUACACUGCAGCAUUACAUAAUAAAGGAGUUUGGUAAAUGUUGCACAAUAAAAAAAAUUGCUAGGGAUUCUCAAUACACCAAUUCUUGAAUGUAUUUUGGUCGCUUUCUACGACUUUCAAGUGAAGACUAUGUGUUUUACAGUUCACGAGAGCCAUUCUCCAUUUACCAAAUUACCUUUAGAUUUAUUUCUUAAUGAAUACUACUUUGUGUAAUAUGGAUAUACCAUGCAUAUUUAAUAGUCAGAAAAAAUAUGAGCUACCUGUAAAUAUUUACAAAAGGAAUUUUUAAAUAACGAAUUGUCUCUUUUACUAGACGACCUCUAUGGCUAGGACCCAUUUCGGAGAAGGUCCUGGGUAAUAAAAUAAUACAAAUUUUUACAGAAAUUCAUGCCAAAUUAUUGCGACACGCUCUUUUUUUGGCAAUUAAAAUAUCAUGGUUUGGAGCUCAGGACACAAAUAAAUAGUUUCAGACGUAGUUCUUAUAUACAACUUUUAUGGUUCGAUUGGUGCCUGCAGAAUAUUUCGCUCUAUAAUUGUUACGUAUACAUACAUAUACACAUUGUUUCAUACAGUUUUCACUAAAUGAGGGAUCGUCUCGUUUGUUUCGAGUAAAUGUUUGGUUUGAUAGGUCUGAUGAUCACAUGAAUAUACGAGUAAGUCAAUUUAUAAGAA